CUUGACCGAGAGGCUGCGUCACAGACUGAUUUUCAUUCGACAGAACAUGUUUGAAGACCUGCCUGAACAGGACAUGUUGUAGUUGAUUCCUGCUCAAGUGUCCAUCACCCCAUAAACAUUUGAAGUUGUAGACUGCUUAACCUGAACACCUGUAUUUCUUAGAGACCGUGUUUUACUGGAGUACGUGAGCCAAGUGCAAAUUCCAACAAGACACGACGAAGAAGCUUCGCAUACCUACUAACGCAUACCCUAUCCAACUCAACUAUCCAUGGGUGACGGCGGAGGGGGUGGUGACUGUGGCGGGGGGUUCGGCGGCGGUGACGGUGGGGGAGGAUUCAGUAGUUGUGACGGGGGAGGAGGAGGAGGCUUCAGUGGUUGCGGGGACGGCGGUGGCUUCAGCAGCGGCUAUGGCGGCGACGGCGGUCACACGACCCAUCCGCACGGGGGCGUCUUCGGUCAUGGUCUUCACGGCGGCGGCGUAGGACGGAGUGGUCCGAACAGACGCAUGCACUACAGCUCCCCUGGGUUCAAAUAUGUUGGAUAUCGUUCUAACAAUUGCAAUAACCCAGCGGCAAUGGCCAUGUGUCCCAUGAUCGCUGGCACGGUCUUCUUAAUACAGGGCUGUGUCUUUACCAGUAUAGGGUUCAGUGCUGGUGAUAAACUACCGCCGUUCAAGGUGAUCGGACCCACGUUUCUCUGCCUGGCUAUUGUACUCCUCCUCCUGGCGUGCUUCUGUUGUAAAAAGGCCCGGGACGCCUUCAACCAGCAGGGCGGACACACGGUACAGGUGGUGACUUCCUCCACAGCCCCCCAGGCGCCGGGACAGACCGUGGUGACCGGCGCGCCGGUAGGCCAUGCCGCUCCCACCGUGAUGGCGGCUCUACAGUACCCACAAUAUCCCGCAAGCGGCGGGCACCCGACCACGGCCUCUGGGACCACCAGUCAUCAGUCGUCGGACCACGCCUACCAACCGUCGCACAUCGGUAUUGCCCUGCCCCCUUCUUACUAUGAAGCCACCGGUGGAAAGCCAUAAAAGACUUACUUAUCUCAGACACUACCUUCUAAAAUCAAGACACAACCAGAGCUAGCAAGGAAAACAAACAAUCAAAUGACAUGAAGGACAUGUACAACUACAAAACAACAUCAGAAAUCCGGGAAACAACAAAUUUGGACAGCAUAAAUACGGAAGCAAACCUCCAAAAUGAAUAUUUUGAAAUAAUUUUGUCUGACGCCAUUUUACCAAAUUUAUCAAAAUCAUGAUUUCAAGUGUCUUCUAUUAAUGAAAAGGUGUACUAGGCCACGGGCAGUGCCCUAUACCAUUUCUUGUAUCAUCGUUUGUACAAUGCUUUUCCAUUCUUUGCAAAGGAUUGAAGUAUACAGUUAUAUCUUUAUGCGUGUAUCCUUAGCGGUAAACAGUCGAAAAAAAGUAGGAAAAUCAUAAAUGUGAAAAUCAUAUAAGAAUGGGACUAAGGUAUAGUGCAAUGUAAGGCUGAAUAAA